UAUAUCUCAGGCUGCAGGAGGGGAAAAUGAGGCUUUUGAUACUUGGUACUUUUCUGUUUUUACACGGUACCCCAGUCUGGACAAGAGAUAAGCGUUAUUACAUCGGAAUUAUUGAAGCAGUUUGGAACUAUGCUUCUGACAAUGAGGAAAAGAAACUUAUUUCUGUUGACACGGAGCAGCUCAAUCUGUAUCUUCAAAAUGGCCCAAAUCGAAUUGGAAGAACAUACAAGAAGGCUCUUUAUGUUCAAUACACAGAUGGAACCUUUAAGAAGACUGUGGACAAACCGGUUUGGCUAGGGUUUUUGGGCCCUAUUAUCAAAGCUGAAGUUGGAGAUAAGGUUUAUGUUCACAUAAAAAACUUUGCCUCUAGGCCCUACACUUUCCAUCCACAUGGUGUAACUUACUAUAAGGAACAUGAGGGGGCCAUCUACCCUGAUAAUACCACCAGUUUUCAAAGAUCAGAUGACAAAGUGCUUCCAGGAGAACAAUAUAUGUAUGUGUUACAUGCCACCGAAGAGCAAAGUCCUGGUGAGGCGGACAGCAACUGCGUGACUAGGAUUUACCACUCCCACAUUGAUGCCCCAAAAGACAUUGCUUCAGGACUCAUUGGGCCUUUAAUACUCUGUAAAAAAGGUUCUCUAGAUAAUGAAAAAGAAAAAAAUAUUGACCAAGAAUUUGUGGUAAUGUUUUCUGUGGUGGAUGAAAACCUCAGCUGGUAUCUAGAAGACAACGUUAAAGCCUUCUGCUCUGAGCCAGAGAAAGUUGAUGUAGAGAACGAAGAGUUCCAGGAGAGCAACAGGAUGCAUUCUGUGAAUGGAUACGCUUUUGGAAGUCUUCCAGGACUUUCCAUGUGCGCAGAAGACAGGGUGAAAUGGUAUCUUUUUGGUAUGGGUAAUGAAGUUGAUGUGCAUGCAGCUGUCUUUCACGGUCAGGCACUGACCAACAAGAACUACCGUACCGAUGCAAUCAAUCUCUUCCCGGCUACCCUAUUUGAUGCUUUUAUGGUGGCCCAGAAUCCUGGUGUCUGGAUGCUCAGCUGCCAGAAUCUAAACCACCUGAAAGCUGGUUUGCAGGCCUUUUUCCGGGUUCAGAACUGUAACAAGCCCUUGUUGGAGGACAAUAUUUGGGGGAAAAAUGUCAGGCAUUAUUACAUUGCAGCUGAAGAAAUCAUAUGGAACUAUGCUCCCUCUGGUGUGGACAUCUUCACCAAAGAAAACCUAACAACUCCUGAAAGUGAUUCGGUGGUAUUCUUUGAACAAGGUGCUACAAGAAUUGGUGGUUCUUAUAAAAAACUGGUAUAUCGUGAGUACACAGAUGGGUCCUUCACAAAUCAGAAGGAAAGAGGCCCUGAUGAGGAACACCUUGGCAUCCUGGGUCCUGUCAUUUGGGCAGAAGUGGGAGACACAAUUAAAGUCACCUUUCAUAACAAAGGCCCAUAUCCUCUCAGCAUUCAGCCAACAGGGGUGAGAUUCACAGUGGACAAUGAGGGCACAUACUAUGCCCCACCUGCUCACAUCUUGAAAGGAGGUGUGCCUCGUCCUCAAGCAGCCUCCCAUGUGGCACCCAAAGAAACUUUUACUUAUGAAUGGACUGUGCCCAAAGGAGUAGGGCCCACUCAUGCAGACCCUGUGUGCCUCUCUAGGAUGUAUUAUUCUGCUGUAGACCCCACCAAAGAUAUAUUCACUGGCCUUAUUGGGCCAAUGAAAAUAUGUAAGAAAGGAAGCUUACUUUCAAACGGAAAACAGAAAGAUGUAGACAAGGAGUUCUACCUGUUCCCCACAGUUUUUGACGAGAAUGAGAGUUUACUCUUGGAUGAUAACAUCAGAAUGUUUACAACAGCCCCUGAUGGUGUAGAUAAAGAAGAUGAAGACUUCCAGGAGUCUAAUAAGAUGCACUCCAUGAAUGGAUUCAUGUAUGGCAAUCAGCCCGGUCUCAAUAUGUGCCUGGGCGAUUCAGUCGUGUGGUAUUUGUUCAGUGCUGGAAACGAGGCGGAUAUACAUGGGAUAUACUUUUCAGGAAACACAUAUCUGUCAAAAGGAGAAAGAAGAGACACGGCAAACCUCUUCCCUCACACAAGUCUGACACUUCUCAUGAAGCCUGACACAGAAGGGACUUUUGACGUAGAGUGCCUUACAACCGACCACUACACAGGUGGCAUGAAGCAAAAGUACACUGUGAAGCAAUGCAAGCGGCAGCCCGGGGAUGCCACCCUGUACCUGGGAGAAAGGACCUACUACGUUGCAGCAGUGGAAGUGGAAUGGGAUUACUCACCAAGCAGGACGUGGGAAAAGGAGCUGCAUCAUUUACAAGAGCAAAAUGUUUCGAAUGUAUUUUUAGACAAAGGGGAGUUUUACAUAGGCUCAAAGUACAAGAAAGUUGUGUAUCAGCAGUUUACCAACAGCAUGUUCAGGGAUCCAGUGAAGAGAAAAGCCGAAGAAGAACAUCUGGGGAUUCUAGGUCCACAACUUCAUGCCAACGUUGGAGACAAAGUCACAGUUGUUUUUAAAAAUAUGGCGAGCAGGCCCUACUCCAUACAUGCCCAUGGAGUGAAAACGGAGAGCUCUACAGUUACUCCAACCCUGCCAGGUGAAACUCGCACUUACAUAUGGCAAAUCCCAGAAAGAUCCGGUGCUGGCACAGAAGACUCAGCUUGCAUCCCAUGGGCAUACUACUCAACUGUGGACCAAGUUAAGGAUCUCUACAGUGGAUUAAUUGGCCCACUGAUUGUUUGUCGAAAACAUCCCACGAAAGUAUUCAAUCCUAAAAGGAAACUGGAGUUUUCCCUUUUGUUUCUAGUAUUUGAUGAGAAUGAAUCUUGGUACUUAGAUGACAACAUCAAAACCUACUCUGAUCACCCUGAGAAAGUAAACAAGGACAACGAUGAAUUCAUAGAAAGCAACAAAAUGCAUGCUAUUAACGGAAGAAUGUUUGGAAACCUCCAAGGCCUCACAAUGCACGUAGGGGAUGAAGUCAACUGGUAUGUGAUGGGGAUGGGUAAUGAAGUUGACUUGCACACGGUACACUUUCAUGGCCACAGCUUUCGAUAUCAGCACAGGGGAGUUUACAGUUCUGACGUCUUUGACAUUUUCCCUGGAACAUAUCAAACCUUAGAAAUGGUUCCCCAAACACCUGGAAUCUGGUUACUCCACUGCCAUGUGACUGACCAUGUUCAUGCUGGAAUGGAAACUACCUACACCGUUCUACCAAACCAAGGUGAAUAUCCAGAGACCAAGUCUGGCUGAAAGAAAUAAAUUGCUGAUAUGUGGAAAAAAAAGAGAUAAAGCAAUGAUUUAUAACAAUGUAUGUGGCACUGCUGAAUAGACCAUUUACUCUGGAAUGACUAUAAACAUUUAAAAAGACCGAAACCAUACAACUUUGUGCAUUUGUGAGGGAAAUGGUGACAUAUUGCAGAUGGACAGAUCAACAGACUACAUUAUGAUACACAUUUGUACAUUAGGUAAUAGAAUUGAUUCAUAGUCUAUCUGUACCAUCAUUGUUAGGGCUUUACCAAAUUGAACCAAAGAACCCCCUGAAAAUACGACCUGAUGCUGUCCUGAGUGGUCUUCACAGGAUCUCUAUUUUAAAAAAAAAUGACCCCAUGCUGUCCUGGGUGGUCUUCACAGGAUCUCUAUUAAAAAAAAAUGACCCCA